AUGAAUGACCGCAGUGGUGUUUAUGUACCCCCGGGUAAUAGAGAUCGAACAGGUGGUAGUUCCAGCGGGUCCAAAUUAGAAGAUACGUUAGCCAAAGUGUUACAAAAAGUUGAGUCUACUGAUGCAGGUGUGAAAGAAAUGAAGGGUGACUUCUCCAGUAUAAGUCAACUGGUGGAUUCUCAUACCACUUCUACCAAGCAAAUAGAGCAACAGUUGGGAAAACUAUCAGCAUCACUGAAUCAGAGGAAGAAUGGGUCACUACCAAGUGACACUAUUCAGAAUCCCAAGAAAGAUGGAUACUGCAUGGCUAUCACCACCAGAAGCGAUAAGAUUCUUAUUGAGCCAAUAUUUGCAGGUACUAAGAUACCGAGACCGACUCCUCCUUUCACUAAAAGACUCAAGAAGAAAGCUGAAGAUGGGAAAUUUGCAAAGUUCAUAAUCAUGUUGAGACAGCUAUCAGUGAACAUCCCAUUGGUGGAAGCUUUGGAGAAAAUUCUAGGAUAUGCUAAGUUCAUGAAGGACUUAGUCAUAAAGAAAAGAGCUGUAAGUUUUGAACUAAUUGACAACAUUCAUCAUUGUAGUGUUAUUGCUUCAAGAUCUCUGGUGCGGAAAAACAAAGAUCCAGGUGCAUUCACUAUACCAUGCACCAUUGGAUCAUUUGUGUUUGCAAAGGCCCUAUGUGAUUUAGGUGCAAGUAUAAAUUUGAUGCUACUAGCCAUUGAGAAGCAAUUGGACUUGGUGGUUCCAAAGCCCACUGCGAUGAGGUUGAUGAUGGCAGAUAAGUCAGUGAAAUGGCCUGUAUGUCGAGCUUCGGUUGAUAUUGAGAGUGGAGAGCUGAAAUUCAGGCUCAACAAUGAGGAGGUAAAGUUUAAUAUAUGUAGGUCUAUGAAGCAACCACAAGACAUGAAUGUGGUGUCUACAAUAGAUGUCUUUGAUGAAGAGGAGUCGGGAGCUUCUAUUGAGGAAAGGUUUGUUGGUGGAACAUUGGAAGCCGUGCUAAUGAACUUUGAAGCAGACUUUGGGAAUGAUUAUGUGGAGACUAAGAAUGCUCUUUAA